UAUUAUUAUGUCUUCUACCUGAACUAGCUUACCGUAUAUGUGAACUAGCUUCCUCUAAUUAGCCUGUAUCAUGUCUUCUACCUGAACUAGCUUUCCGUAUAUGUGAACUAGCUUCCUCUAAUUAGCCUGUAUCAUGUCUUCUACCUGAACUAGCUUUCCGUAUAUGUGAACUAGCUUCCUCUAAUUAGCCUGUAUCAUGUCUUCUACCUGAACUAGCUUUCCGUAUAUGUGAACUAGCUUCCUCUAAUUAGCCUGUAUCAUGUCUUCUACCUGAACUAGCUUUCCGUAUAUGUGAACUAGCUUCCUCUAAUUAGCCUGUAUCAACUUGCCUACCUGAACUAGCCUACCGUAUAUGUGAACUAGCUUCCUCUAAUUAGCCUGUAUCACGUCUUCUACCUGAACUAGCUUACCGUAUAUGUGAACUAGCUUCCUCUAAUUAGCCUGUAUCACGUCUUCUACCUGAACUAGCUUACCGUAUAUGUGAACUAGCUUCCUCUAAUUAGCCGGUAUCAUGUCUUCUACCUGAACUAGCUUUCCGUAUAUGUGAACUAGCUUCCUCUAAUUAGCCUGUAUCACCUCGCCUACCUGAACUAGCCUACCGUAUAUGUGAACUAGCUUCCUCUAAUUAGCCUGUAUCAUGUCUUCUACCUGAACUAGCUUUCUGUAUAUGUGAACUAGCUUCCUCUAAUUAGCCUGUAUCACCAGUAUCACACUCUUCUGCACUGUGUGUGUGUAUGCUAGCAGCCCAGCCUCCACCCACCAAAACAAGAGCGACUGCAUGACUGACAAAAGGGCUCACUCUGUUCAUGCUGUUGUUCAAUGGAACAAACUUCAAUGCACAGAGUGAACUCUCUUCCUGUCUGUUUGGAGCUCUACUGCCCAUGAGACCGUUUCUUUCUGAAUGACAUCUGGCCAGAUGUUGUGACAGCACAAGGAGGUGCUAUAAAAUGUAAGAUGGUGUUUCUGUUUAACUGGAUCUGAGCCUCCAACAAAAGCUUCAUUUGGACGCCAUUCAGAACGCCAGCGACCGGGUCGUCAUGUCCAGUCGGAAGGUUCGGUGACGUCACUUUUUCCACCAGCUGCUGUUUCCCAAACAUCUCGGUGCACCUCGCAGGACGUGCCAUCAGGCUUGCAAGCGUAGCGUUCGAGUCCUUGAUGGCGUUGAGUCAUGAAGCUUCCUGUUUGCAUUGUGACGCUGAUUGGAAGCAACACGUCUUCCCGGUGUUUAGGAUCUUGGUUACCUUCUUGGUCGUACCCACGUCCCCCACAUCUCCCACGUCCUCCAUGAAGGUCACUCGGAGGAGACGGGAGGUCAAAUAAUUCUUGGAAAAGUUUGAGCUCCAAGAUGAGGAGAUGUGACAGGACUUGUCUGUCCACAUGAAGCGUCUCGUCAAGCGUGCGCCGCCUCGCCGUCUCCGCCGCCGCGUCCUUCACCUCUGCAGCCGGUCCACGUCUGACCUCUGUCAUAUCUUGCUUUUUGAAGGCCGCGCCCACCGCCGGUCCUCGAGGACGAACUCGCAGGAUGUCGGCGGAGAACCUCUGGACUCCAGGCCUGACGUCUCCUGUCAACAUGUCAACAGGAAGUGGGCUGGUGUCUGUGGAUUUUGAAGUAUUUGGUCAUGUUCAAGGAGUCUGCUUCAGGAUGUACACUGAGAAGGAGGCGGAGCGUCUGGGUGUGGUGGGCUGGGUGAAGAACACCAGAAGCGGGACGGUGGUGGGUCAGGUCCAGGGCCCUUCCGACGUGGUGGAGGAGAUGAAAGUGUGGCUGAGCAAAGAAGGAAGUCCCAGCAGUCGCAUCAGCAGAACCUCGUUCAGCAACCAGAGAAGCAUCCACAGGUUGGAGAUCAGCGGCUUUUCCACACGCUACUGAACACCUUGAGGUUUCGGAAAGCAACGUCUCGGCCCGCCACUCGGUGCCGGGUGUGUUUGAGGCUUGCGUGGCUGGCAGCAGGAAGCAGUCGGAAGGACUCGGCGGCGACGGCGGCGACGGCAGAGUGGCGUUG